AUGAGUGACGAGGAAACGGAUAUGCCGGGCAAUAAGCCCAUUCGGCUUCCGAAAAAGGCAGCAAAAGUCAAGAAUAAGGUAAGCUUUAUCAAUGUUUUCAAUCAAUAAUUCCAUUUUUCCCAAUUUCAGGCGCCAGCUCCACUCCAAAUCACCGCCGAACAGCUGCUUCGUGAGGCGAAAGAGCGAGAGCUCGAAUUGAUUCCUCCGGCACCGAAGACCAAGAUCACGGAUCCGGAUGAGCUGAAAGAGUACCAGAGAAAAAAGAGGAAGGAGUUUGAAGACGGAAUCCGCAAGAAUCGCAUGCAGUUGGCCAACUGGAUAAAGUACGGAAAGUGGGAGGAGUCAAUCGGCGAAGUCCAGAGGGCCCGGUCGGUUUUCGAGAGAGCUCUCGACGUGGAUCACAGAUCGAUCAGUGUGUGGCUACAGUACGCCGAGAUGGAGAUGCGAUGCAAACAGAUCAAUCACGCGAGGAACGUGUUCGACAGAGCCAUCACAAUCAUGCCGAGGGCGAUGCAGUUCUGGCUGAAGUACUCGUACAUGGAGGAAGUGAUCGAGAACAUUCCUGGCGCGCGACAGAUUUUCGAACGGUGGAUCGAGUGGGAACCGCCAGAGCAGGCGUGGCAGACCUACAUCAAUUUCGAGCUGCGAUACAAAGAAGUGGACAGGGCUCGUUCGGUUUAUCAGAGAUUCCUGCACGUGCACGGAGUGAAUGUACAGAAUUGGAUCAAAUAUGCAAAGUUCGAGGAGCGAAACGGAUACAUUGGAAAUGCACGGGCGGCCUACGAACGAGCCAUGGAAUACUUCGGCGAGGAAGAUACGAAUGAGACGGUUCUGGUCGCAUUCGCACUCUUCGAGGAGAGACAGAAAGAGCACGAGAGAGCGAGAGCCAUCUUCAAGUACGGACUGGACAGUCUGCCGUCGAAUCGGACCGAGGAGAUCUUCAAACACUACACACAGCACGAGAAGAAGUUCGGAGAGCGAGUGGGAAUCGAGGACGUCAUCAUUAGUAAACGAAAGACGCAGUACGAGAAGAUGGUUGAGGAGAACGGGUAUAACUACGAUGCGUGGUUCGAUUAUCUGAGACUUCUGGAAAACGAGGAAACGGACCGCGAGGAGUUGGAGGACGUUUACGAGAGAGCCAUUGCGAAUGUUCCGCCUCACUCGGUAAGAGAUUCAGGAUUUUGAAAAAAUUCGGAUGAAACAAAGUUCCCCAAACGAUCCCACGUUAAAGUUCCUCAUCGUCGCUGUCAGUUCUUUCAGGAGAAGCGCUACUGGCGUCGUUACAUCUAUCUCUGGAUCAACUACGCCCUCUACGAAGAACUUGUCGCAAAGGACUUCGAACGGGCUCGCCAGGUCUACAAAGCAUGUCUGGAGAUCAUUCCGCACAAAGUGUUCACUUUUGCCAAGGUCUGGAUCCUGUUCGCUCAUUUUGAGAUCCGACAACUCGAUUUGCAAGCCGCCAGAAAAAUUUUGGUUAGUUUUACUGAAAAAGAAGAAGUGGAUGUGCUUUAUAUUGAUCUCUCAUUUUUCCCAAGUUUUAAGUUCGUAUGGUUUCAGGGUGUCGCAAUCGGAAAGUGCCCGAAAGACAAGUUGUUCCGCGCCUACAUUGACCUGGAACUGCAGCUGCGCGAAUUCGAUCGUUGCCGAAAACUGUACGAGAAAUUCCUGGAAAACUCGCCGGAAAGCUCGCAAACGUGGAUCAAAUUCGCUGAAUUGGAAACGCUUUUGGGAGACACGGACCGUGCUCGCGCGGUUUUCGACAUUGCCGUCCAACAACCGGCACUCGAUAUGCCCGAACUUUUGUGGAAAGCAUACAUCGACUUUGAAAUCGCAUCGGAAGAACACGAGAAGGCACGAGAGCUGUACGAGACACUUCUGCAGCGGACGAAUCACAUCAAAGUGUGGAUUUCGAUGGCCGAGUUCGAGCAGACGAUCGGAAAUUUCGACGGAGCUCGCAAAGUGUACGAGAAGGCGAAUCAGUCACUAGAAAAUGCGGAGAAAGAGGAGAGGCUGAUGCUUUUGGAGGCGUGGAAGGAGUGCGAGACAAAGAGUGGAGAUGUCGACGCGCUCAAGAGGUAGUUUCCGUUUCUUUUUCACCGAUUGCAACCGAUUUUCAGAGUGGAAGCGAUGAUGCCGCGUAAAGUGAAGAAGCGUCGUCAGAUCCAGACGGAAGACGGCGUGGACGCCGGCUGGGAGGAGUACUUCGACUACAUUUUCCCGCAAGAUCAGGCCGCCAAAGGAUCGUUCAAGCUGCUGGAGGCCGCCGCCAGAUGGAAGAAGCAGAAGGAAGAGGCCGCCCGGGCUGCUGCUCAGGAGACUUUGGAUGCUCCGGCGGAGAAGGAAGUAGAAGGAAACGAAGAGAAGGAAGGGGAGGAGCAAAAGGUGCGAGAGGGCGACAGUGACACGGACCUGUCGGAGAGCAGCGAUUCCGAUUCUUCGACGUCUUCUGAUUCAUCGGAGUCGGAUUCAGAUUCGGAUGAGGGCGAGAAGUAG